UGAUCCUGUUGUGGCUAUACACCUCAAUACCUCAUCACACUAUCUUCUUCUACAUCAUUCAUCAUCAUCUCUUUUCAUUUCCUUCUAAGUGAUUAGUAAUAACACAUUUGUCUUAGUAAUAAUGGAGGGUAAAGGACGAGUUGGAUCAUCAUCGUCUUCUUCCUUCACCGCUCAACUCUUUGGCCCCAAGGAAUCUACUUCCUCUGCCAACUUCAACUCCAUUUUCCCUCCUCCUUCCAAGGGAACAGCAAGAAACAUCCUAAGCUCCAAACAUGGGUCCCUAGAAAAACCUAAAGAAUCUUCAUCCUGCAAUCUAAGUUCAUCUCUUUACUACGGUGGUCAAGAGGUUUACUCUCAGUCCACACAGAACUAUACUUACCCUCCAAUUAACAAGGAUCAGGAGAGAGACAACAAUGAUACCAACUCGUCGGACGCCUCAAGAGGAAACUGGUGGCAAGGAUCACUAUAUUAUUAGAGUCUUUCCAACCAGGCGUCUCCUAGAAGAAGAACAUCAAGUUGAAACAGAAGAAUUUUGAUCCGUUGUUUGUUCUUAAGAAACUGUUUCAAUGAUGUCCUGUUUGUCUCUCUGUCUUAUGUUAAACAAAAGAUUAGAUCUUUA